GCGAAACGCCCUUACACGCCCCUCCCUUCCUGCAUCCCACACACGGUACACGGUUCACACCUGCCCGCCUGCCCACUGCCCUGCCCUGCCCUGCGCCCUUGUGCCCUGCACCUGCCCCAGCACCGCAGGCGGAAUUGCUGCUCCUUGCUGAUGCUGCGGCCAGGGCGGGCGCGUGUGAUGGAGCCUGCCAACCUGCCAGCCUGCCAGCCAGCCUGACUUGACCCGUGCAGCUGCCGUGGUGAUCGAGCCUGCGAGCUCAACCUGGUCGACUCAUCUUUCGGGCCUACCUGCCUUGAUUGGCAUGCAACACGGACUGAUCAGCACCGCACCCUACACCCUGCCCUCCGCGACCAAACCACCACCACCCAACACACCCACAGCACGAUCCUCUCUUCCUCCGUCACCGCAUCCGCACCAAGAAAAGCCCGCUAGCCCGGCCAGUCCUGCCAGUCAGCCAGAUGCCAGACUGCCCUUGUUGGACCCGGCAGCACUCGGCCGCCGAGCCCAACAAUCCUGUCGCUGGUGAUCACACUGCGCGUUCUUUUCUUGUGUGAUGGCGAAACUCUAAGAGAAACAAUUCGCGCCCGCCCCUAAAAUGAGACGGGUCUGUGAAGCCAGCCCGCCAGCCCUGCCAGCCUCCUCCUUCCAACCACCCCAGGCCGAGCGAGACCUUCAAACCUGAGGGAGUUGAGAGAAAAAAAGCACCCUCAGCGUCGUACUUGAGCCAUCCCAGUCCAGCCCUGACCACCCGUGGCCUGCGAUCGGGCGGCGGAUGCGAGGCGAAAAGUAUCACGAGCCCGUCUGCCCGUCUGCCCGCCUGCCCCCCCAGGUCGCACUUGCAGUUCGAUCUACUUCCCUGUGCUGUGGUCUAGUACGCACCGGCGCAGGGAAGUAGAUCGAUGAGCCACUGCUUCCCGACGCAAGCCUUUGGCAGACAAUCAGCCUUCCGUGUCUAGAAGGCGGCGUGUCUGCUAGUAGACGCCUGCUUGACUAUGUGUAGACCAGACAGACGACCAGCGCGACGCACGACGCACGACGCACGACGCACUACGCACGCCUUACUGUGGUGCAACUGCUCUCGUCUCCGUUCUGGACGGGGCGCGCAGGAUGGAGAACUGACCUGUCAGGCAGUCAGGCUAGCAAGAUGGCACCGGGGGGAGGCCAGCCAGCCAGCAAGCCAGCAAGCCAGCCAGCUCAUCACCACUCUGGAAGGCCCCUCUGCGCAGUAACCAUUCAUUCCAUCAUGCGGCCGCCGCACGACACAGGAAAGACUAAGCUCGGCAAAGGCGGCCUGGGCUGCCCUGCCCACGACGCGUAAUAAAUUGUGGCCAGGGACACGAGCGACAAUCAUGGACGCAUGCAGGCGUGGGCAACUGAGUCCGAACCAAGGCCUUGGGGCGUCAGGUGCUCCGAGGAUGUGCGUCGUGCCAGCUCCUCCAGGACUGCAGAGCGAGCCCACACAUUCUGACACCGCAGCGGCACAGCGCCUGCAGCCAGCAUCAUUUUGGCCCGGUCCCAUCGAUCCUACAGAGUCGAGCCUGCUGAGGUUGCCACCCAAGCAUGGCUGAGAGGAGGGGGGGCGUGCCCCGUAACUUACGACGUCGCAGGGCCCCGCGAAGCUACCGCCUAGUAAAGGGGGUACGGAGGUACUUUUGUACACACCGAGCAGCGCACCAGUGCAUGGUUGCAGGCGGGCCCAGGAGAUUCUCCUGGCCUGCAUCUCUGACUGACCCUCGGCCCGUCAUCAUCACCCCGGCCACCAGCGCCCAUCGACGGCGCCAGCCUGCGACCAGCACUUGCUUAGGUUGCAUAUUCCAAGGGUGCGCCGCCAUUGUGCUCUCAGACAUCACCUAGACAACAUUGCACCCUCUCUGGUGAUGUGUCGUUUUGUGCUAUGCCAUUCCCGACUCCCGAGAAACACACGCACACACCUCGCAAACGAAAAAGACACGAGCCACCCGUCGCAGGCAACAAUACGACCGGCCCUCGACCUGGCUCGAUCACGGCGCCAGGCGGUCUGCCUCACGGGCUCAGCUCGCAGGCGAAGGCGGGCUGGCGGGCUCACGGGCUUGCGGCCUGUUGCGGUGCGGGUGCAGUGUGGUGCAGUGCAGUGGCCCACAGUUUUGUUCCUGGAGAGUAUCAUGAUGGCGUUGUUGUUGUUGAUGUCGGUCUGGGUUUGGGCGCCAGGGCGCAAGGCUGGUUUGGCCCGGGGCCCGGGGCCCCCAGUCAUCUCGACCAUUGACGUGGUAAAAACAGAAACCGGUGAUCUUUUUCCACGAUCGAAGGGAUCUUCCGUCCAACCUUGCAAAGUACCGAAUUCGCCAGGAGCAAACCCAUACUACGGCGCCAUGACUGCACCGACCCCCUGUUCGUUGACAAGUCUCACGCCGGGGCGGCCAGUUGGCACGGGUUUCAUUUCCAUGUCUUUGCCUGACUUUGCCCUGGCGCGCUGACUUUGUGGUGUCAGGUUGCAAGCACACACCCCUCCCCCCCGGAUGUCUUCCUCAUGCACGCCCCCCCCCUACGAGCCCAUCGUCCCCAUUCCCGAGGUCCCAGUCCCCACUGUCAUGUUCCCAUCUGCAUCUGCAUCUCAACUCCAUCCGACCCAGAUGCAACCCCCCUGGGGCCUGGGCAAGGGCUUCUGGCUGUCUGGGUCUUCACCCCUUGUCCGCCAUCCCACAUGCCAGCAUCCUUGCAUGCAGCCGUUUUUGGAUGGAUCACUGCGCUCAAAAGUCUUGUGGAGUUCUGCAGCCUGGCGCACCUGUCCUUGCUCGCAGGGCGGUGUCACUAUUGGGCAAAGGCUACCUUCCCUCAGGGCCGGUCUCGAGUUCUGAUACGGGGCCACCUCAGGACGGACUCCAAGCCGCCGCGAGAACGCUCUCAGGCCCAGGGACUUACUUCAUUCUUCGCCUUGGUCCUUAGACAUCCCGGCCCAGCACCGUCCUUGCCUCGUACCUCCGUGUGUGCCCCCCCCCAUGCCCGCCUGACUGAGCCCCACAAACAGACACACCUCACACGGCCGCUGCCAAAUUGACGGUGCCGAACAGACGGGGCGCCAGGCCUGGCCCCGGCAGCCCUUGGUUUGGCUAGCCUGUGGCCCAUACCACGCUACAUGUGCGUUUCCUCUAUCCCCAGGGGCCGGUCCCAAUCAAAACAUUCCCAGAUCCAACCGUCGACCGGGGUCGCUCCUCCAACCCACCAAAUACCGGUACCUAUGCACAUCGCGAGCCUCAGGGAUACGGCGACCUGCUCAUGCUGCAGAGUACCCUACCGCCCUUUGGCUCAGGCAAUCUCGCGUCGUGCUUGACCCCCUCGCGACUUGUCUUACACCGACCUAGAUGUAUCCUGUUUCGUACCGCGGCUUGUGAGCUGCCAUGUACGCUCGCUGCACGGACAGCCGGCUCUCUGCAACCAACGCGGGCGGCGGCUGAGAUGCCUCGCAGGUAUCCCAGUGUACCUCUGUACAUACUCCCGUCAUGUCUCCUGCUUGCGUACGCAGCUUUGAACCAGCCCCAGCCGAGCUCUCAAGCAGCCUUCACGCUUCGGUUCCGCAGCACACACACAGGCCAAACCUAAAGGCUUUGUCCGAUGCACAGGUACAAUGAUACGGGGUGUGCUAUGGUACGGAGUACAUCGUUCACCUCAGCUUGGCCCGCUUCACCUCAACCACGCUUGACAGGGCUACUGCUUGCCCGCCCUGCCCGCUUGUUCCCUCCUGCUUCCAUCGGGCUUGUACCGAAUGUGGCAGUCGCCCUACCGUCCCCAGUCCUGCUAGGACACAAGCAGCAUAACACAAUCAUCCCUGCAAGUUCGAUAUGACGCAGGCGGCCAAUCCUUCACAGCAUGCAAGCUCUCUUUGACCCGAACCGACGCAUCCACCCUUGACCCCAUGAUACCUCCCACCUAGACAUCCACAUGCCAAAUGGCCCCGUCCACAUCUCACUACUUUUGUUCUCCGUGCCAAUACGGCAAUGUCACUCCUGCCCAAACUAGCCUCGAUGUAUCCUUCGAACCAUUCCACAUGGCCCCUUUGCUUCCCUGUCCCUGUCUCAACGCUCGCGCUCUCCUUUAUGGCUGGCCCAUUCCAUAAUAAGCAGUCAGAGACCUCGAUCUGCCUUGACAGCCACCACGAUGAUAUAUACUAAUAGGCUACGGCACUCCAUGCACUUCAACCCGUCUCUCUCGUCAACACACCACCCAACAACUACAAACCCGCCAACACACACAACACUGUCAACAACAUGAUGCACUCUUUUGUCGGAGCCAGCCUGUCUGGCGUGCCGUCCUUUCCCGCACAGUACACCCACGACGCCUUCCUCGAGGACCUCUCCAGGCAGAUGGCAGCAUCGGCCAACAGAAGAUACUCAAGGGGGUCGAACGGUGCUCACACCGGAACCGCAAUGAGAGUCGCCAAACCGUCCAGCGCCAGCAACAGCCCUCGCAACUCGCUCGUGCAGCAGCGGCGGCGGACGAUGAUGAACGACCCGGCCUUCAUCCAACGAGCACAGCAAGUGAUUGAGCAGCCAUACCUGCCCACUCCUGGCCCUGAACAUUGCGGCAACUCCUACUAUGAACCUGUCAAGAAGGCUCCCCGCCCAGUCAGCUGGCACCCAUCAACCAUGCCGCAGACUCAACAAUACAUGACGCCAGUAUCAACACAACCGGCUCAGUACCCCUUCCCAUCCUACUGCGACGUGGAUUGCUAUACCGCCGCGCCUGCACCUGCACCUGCUCCCGUCCAGUUCCCACCCACACCCGCCGCCUAUUCGGCAUACAGCUCGCCGGCGUCGGCCUUCUCCCCCUUGAAUCUCCCGUACUCGACCUACGAUAUGCCCCAGACCUACUCAUCACCCAGCUGGGAUGUCUCUGCCUCAGAGGCGGCCACCAUCCCGGAAUCAACUCUUGGUCAGGCCCAGUACUCCUUCACCCCUGGACCAUCAUGUGCGCCUCCUCUGCCUAGCUAUGUGGCGACGUCGCACUCCCCAGCAAACUGGGCAAGCCUGGCACCUCAGGCCCCCCCUACUCCAGAGGACCCGCCCAAGUCCCAGCAGCCGGAGCCGGUUCUUCAGAACGACGAGUCCACCUCGUUCCAAGGUCUGGACGAGAACGACGAGGAGGAAGAGGGAGAUAUUCUAAUUGGCUUGGGGCUCUACGACCCGCCCGAGAAGCUGCCAUUCAACAGCGAGGGCGGUCUCCUGGGUGCAUCUUUCGACUACCAGCCAACCGGAAAAGGCCUCAAGCUGGAAGACGCCUGGGAGCCACCAGUCAGCGAUGACGAUGACGAAGAUGAGGACGGCGAGGGCGAGGCCGAAACAGCCGACGAGGAAUAAACAAACCUCACAAGCACGACGCAUGACACGAUUAUGAUGAGCAUCUUACGGAGUUAAAUUUUUCGUUUUGUUUUUUUAUCCUGGGAAAGCCAACGGAGUUCACUUUGCGGCAGCCUUUUGUUCUUAGCAAGGGACAAAUGGGCUACGGGUUUUACAGAGGAACACAUUUGAUACCCCAGGUUUUACGAUAGAGACCAAAGCAGCAUCACUGCUGAUUUUGUAAGAUACACUACUGCGAUUUGGAUGAAGACCAGACCUGGUUACGAGGGACAAGGCAGGGGACGCAGCGGUGGGAAGGAAGCAAAUCAGUGUACGAGUCGAAAGACGAAGAGACCAGCCUUUCUGGCCUGAUGCUACAGAAGGCACAUCAAUGUAAAACAAAACCCCAAAAUCACUACCUACUGUUGCUGGCUCUGCCACGGCACUAUGACACACCAACGGCAAUGAAUCGUGACAAGCUCUGCAUUGUGAGAAUCCAACAAAG